AACAUUAGGGAACCUACAGCUUUAUGGUGCUGCAUUGCGCUUGUAAAGCUGAGUUAAUGAUUAGCUAUUUAAGAAUAUUACUUUCGAAAUCUGUUUUCAGGAAACGGAAGAGUCUUGAACUCUGAAGCAGUGCGGCAGGGGGGGGGAGAGUUUCACUGUAACGGAUUCUCUGUUACGGAGAUACGGCAGGAGCGCAGGUGACUAUGACACCCGGCUGAACGAAGGCAGUGUCACACUUCGCACGUCGCAUGCCAGUUGCUUAGAGUAGUAAUAGUUUUGUAUUGGCGGUUUUUUCGUCCCACGGAAGUUCUAUGGAUAAGUCAAAAAACUUCCGAAUCGAUGCCCUGUUGGCGGAUGAAUCUCACCGGGGGAACCGGGAUACCUCUCCGGGUCUGGACCAUGGCAGCCUCACCGGCAGCCCCACGACCUGUCAGAAACCGGAUUCACGAUUCAUUAUACCUAAAUUAGACCUGUUUGUAAUGCACCCAGAACUUGCCUCACUCUCCCACGGUACAAUCCCUGGUAUGUACACGGCACCGCUGUACCCCAUAUCGCUCCCGGGAUGCCAGCAUCAAGCCUUUAACUACCCGGGAUCCCCUCACUUUACCCAUCCACAUCCGGAGAGCCCUAAAACAGCGGCUCUUCCCAUCGAGCAGUGGAUUCAGGCUGGGAUUAUGGUACCGAGCCCUCCGGGCUACAGAUCUGCGCCCCCUUCAGUCCUGCUGGGGAAGUGUCGCAGGCCACGCACAGCAUUUACCAGCCAGCAACUUCUGGAGCUGGAAAACCAAUUCAAACUGAACAAGUACCUCUCACGGCCAAAACGCUUUGAAGUGGCUACAUCACUGAUGCUGACUGAGACACAGGUGAAGAUCUGGUUCCAGAACCGGCGCAUGAAGUGGAAGCGCAGCAGGAGGUCCAGUGGCCGGUCCUCACAUACACAUUCAGAAGGUCCACCAGGGUGUGAGCAUCCAGGGGACACUCAACCGAUGGACGACGUAGAUGGAAAUACUCUGGAGGAGGACGUGGACGACACAGAGGAGGACAAAGAUGAGCAGCAGGAUUUUGUGUUGGCUCUGGGCAAGAACUGUCAUAACCCAUCGGACUACCUACAAUGUGCCUCAAAACGGAGAGCCUGCUCGGACGCUGACCUAGAGGAGACCAAGAAGGGACGUCAAGGUCAGGAUCUUUGUGGAGAUCUUUGAAAGAUCCAGAGUGCUCUACAAUUAAAGCCAACAGAGGAAGAUCCUGGUGGCAAGUCCCAUGUGGCUCAUGCAUUUGCAAGGAGCUGAUAUCCAUCACAAAUGUAUAACAUGCAUGCUGUGUGACAGGAUCCAGUGAGGUUCUCUGUUACAGGUGCAGAACUUGUUUGGAAGCCCAAAUUCCCCUCCCCAAUCCGUCAGCUCACAGAAUGAAAGUGGUCCAUAGUCAUCUUUGAAGAUGCUUUUUCCAGGUGCUUCUCUCCCUUUAGUACCUGCCCUGUAGCUAAAUUUCUCACUCUAAUUUAUUUUAUAUAUAUUUUCAAAAAGAAGAUGGUGUGCGGUUCUCAGGUACUGCGGUUCCACAUUGUCCCUGAGACUUUGCUGGGCUAUAGAUUUAAAUUUAUAUGAACAUACAAAGGUUCAAUGGACUGUUUAUAAGCUUCCAAACAAAUCAGCAGUAUUACGCAAAAGAAUGACUCACCAGUUCCGCAUCCUGAAAGGAACGAAAGUUUAUAUGGGAAUGUUUUUUAAGCCAUUGUGUUGAAAGUAUAAACUCUAGUAGCUUUGUAAGUUUCUAUAUUUUCCCCUUAAUGACUUUAUUUUAUAAAAAUGUCUGUUGGAAGAAACUAUU